AUGUCCAGCACCUGGGACAACUAUCCAACUUCUUCAGAAACGCCGAGAGAAUUCCUUGUUUCUGUUGAACUAUAUGUGUCAAAUGCGGCCGGCGCAACGCUACGCAAGCCAGCGACAACCCGUAAGAAAGGCGAUAAACGCGAUUCAGCAGGCGACGAUGUUAAACUGAAAGAGAGAGCCAGUUCGAAUUGGCUCUCGCUACAAAAGGGAUUGAAUGGUACCGGUCAAUGGAGGCCUGCUACAUGCAGAUUACUGGAGGAAGGCGAACGCUGUCUUCUAAAUGUCUAUCUUGACGAGAGCAUUCUCUUCCAAACUGUCUACGUUCAUCUUCUAAACCAAACUGACAUAAGGCAAGCCGAUAAUUCUCUGUUCUAUCGAAAGGAUUGUGUUGGGAUAUUUUGCAUUGCAGGGCAAAGGUGGACAUCAUCACACACAGCAGAGCCAUUGUACAUUCAAUUCCCAAAUGCCGAUACAUCUUCUACCUGGCAGGCCCUUCUUAAGUCAUACGCGAUCCCGGAGAUAUAUGGACGAUGGUUCUUUCCGAUGGACGGGGGAUCGUAUCGAAUGUGGCGUCAAGUUGAACUCACGGUUACACAAGGACGAAAUAUUGGUAUCCCUGUCAAUUCAUAUAAUGGACACGAUUAUGGCGCAGAAAAUGAUGGUGCAGACGUCGACGUCUCAUGUGAAAUCCACCUAAAUGAUAUUCUCUGUAGCCGUACAACAACAAAGAGGGGAUUGGGGGCAUUAGACUGGCAUGAAAGUUUCCUAUUUUCUGGUCUACCUCCUUUCGAGAACCUGGAGAUUGUUGUAUGGCGGGAAAAAAAACUUUCUAAACCUGCCGUCCUUGGAAUCACGCGUAUAGCAUUGGCUAAUUUCAGGAGAGGGGAUACAGUGGAAGGCUGGUUUCCUGUGCUUCAGACAGGUUCUAUAGGGACAGAAGUUCAGUUCGGUGAACUGCGUCUAAAGAUCCGAGUCGACGAAGAAAUAAUACUGCCCUAUUCUUGUUAUAAAGGCCUUAUGAAAACAUGCAAAUCACGAAACUUUCUAGACUGGAUGUCAGAUUUGGAGAGUCGACUGAAAUUAAAGAAUAUAUCUUCCCAUUUGAUGUCUAUCGCCGUUGCGACAAAUGUUGUUAUUGAGCAAGUACAACAAUACGCCGCUCAAGAAGUUGAAAAUACGUCGACAUCUCAACAAACUCUGUUCCGCGGCAAUACAACUCUGACAAAAACUCUAGAGCUAUGUAUGACGUGGUAUGGUAAAACAUUCUUGGAAGCUAGCAUCGGGACUGUUUUGCGUAGACUUUGCGCGGAGAAGGUCGCGAUCGAAGUCGACCCCAUGCGGUCCGGAAAGGGUACAAGAGACGUCGAAAGGAAUGUUGAACAACUUAAAUAUUGGUGCCAAGAAUUUUGGACUCAAAUAUAUUCUGUUCGGAAUGAGUGUCCCAAUGAAAUGAGAAUUCUAUUCAAAACGAUUCGUACUCUAGUGGAGCAACGUUACCAACCAAACCCUGCCUCAUUAGACAAUAACAAGAAUUUGCGAUGGCAAAGUGUCUCCGCGUUUUGUUUUUUGAGAUUCAUCGUUCCUGCUAUCUUAAACCCACAUCUGUUUGGCCUUUGCCCAGGUCUUCCAAGUGUUCCCGUUCAACGAAGUUUGACUUUAAUCGCAAAAGUCAUUCAGAGUCUUGCGAAUCUGAAUCCUAAUGUGCAGAAAGAAAGUUUUAUGAAAAGAGUUCAAGGAUUUUUAGAAGAAAGUGUUCCGGUCAUGAUAGAUUACCUUCAUGCGGUUUCGACGCCUGUUGAGGGCACUCCAUCUUCGAUGCUGGGAGAUGCUAUGAAUCGACAUGAUCGUCUUAACGUUGUCAACGCCUUGCGCCAUCGGACGAAGAAAAUGAAAGUCUUGGAUAAGGAAGCUGUCCCCAUUCUUCCACACCUUCUGGACAUACCUAAACAUCUUGCUAUUAUAACAUCAGCAGUGAUUCGAGGUUCGAGAGACCUCAAUUUUCGCCCGAGAAUAGGAGACGAGAUUGAUCAUGCCAUCGAUGAAUUCUGUUCGAAAUGUUUCGAAGUCGAAGAGGAAGCUCUACUUAGGGUCAGCCAAUUAGCCAGCAAAUUGUCAUCUGAGAGCGGACGACCAACAAACCAAGAUAGUUCUCCAGAUAAUGAACUCCUUAUUAACGGAGCUCAACCUAUCCGCAUCACUGAAGUUUCAGGGACAGUCAUGUCGACAAACAUUACACCCAAUCGGCAACGAAGGACUUCUCGACCAGCAACGGCUCCUUCUCAAACUCCCACUAGUCCCACGCGUCGCCAUAUUCUUGCUGGUGAAAGUUCACUUAUCAGCUGGGGAUCAAGCUCAGCUACGGAUGAACAAGAAAGUUGGAUCUCAACUACCACACGCCAGCUUCAUAUCAAAGCACCCUCUACGGAUUCAGUGCCAGCUUUCGGCAAGCGAGACUCACCUAUACCUAUCCGACUACUACCAUCAACAGAACCUUCUGCUGAUUCAACAGACGAUCCAGGAAAGCGCAAGAAAGGCUUGCUCAGAGGCAUUCUUCGAAGGUAA